UGAUGAGGAUGAUGAUGAUGAUGAUGGAGGCAGAAGAAAUGAACAGAGAGAAGAGAGUUUCACAACACUGAUCAGAUAGCAGGUGCUGGACCUUCAUCCACAUCAGACUGAAGUCGGAUGAAAAAUGGAUGUGCGAAAGGACUCGAUGAGCUCCAGCAUUUGACCGGACGAACUUCUGAUUCACAGCGAUCUAAUCUCGAGAUCAUCGAUCCGCAGUUAUUCUGCUUCUGCGUGUUUCGCGGGAUAUUCUUCUCAUUUCGCGCCUUUUAAUCUGAAGCUGCGCCGCAUGAACGGAGGCUGAUGAUGAAUAUAAAACACAUCAGGUUCGUCAUAUAAUGGGGAUCGAGGACGCGAGCAUGAGGAACGGACGGGCUCUGUCCGAUCAGUGGGCCGACAGCGUGGUGGUCCGGCCCCGGACGACCGAACAGCACAUCACUGUUCACAAGAGGCUGGUGUUGGGCUUCGCCAUCUCCAUCCUCACCCUCAUCAUCGUCACGGCCAUCGCCAUCACGCUGAGCGUCAGCUUCGAGAGAUGCGCCGCGGAGAGCAGCGGGGCUCUGCCCGCGAACGGCUCCAGCAACAGUAAGUGGAAACAGUCCCGGGACGGGAACAUCAGUCACAGAGACACAGAGGAGGGUCAGCAGCCCUGGAGACACCUGCGCUUACCGGCCACCCUGCGCCCGCGCCACUACGACCUCCGACUGUCCGUGAACAUGGAGAACUUCAGCUUCUCCGGCGAGGUGAACAUUGAGUUUGAAUGCGUCAACUCCACGAAGUUGAUCGUGCUGCACACGGACCGACUGGAGGUGGAGAAAGUGCUGGUGUUUUCGGACAGUAAGAAAGCGGGCGUCAUGAGGAUCCAGCGCCGCUUCCACUAUCCGCCCAAGCAGGUGUUUGUGAUCGCGCUGCACAGAGAGAUGAAGCCCCUCAGAACAUACAAGAUCAACAUCACCUUUCACGCGCACAUCGAGCACGAGCUCUUGGGCUUCUUUCGCAGCUCUUACGUGCUGAAUGGAGAAAGAAGGUUUCUUGCGGUGACACAGUUCUCACCGACCCACGCUAGAAAGGCCUUCCCGUGUUUCGACGAGCCCAUCUUUAAAGCCACAUUCAGAGUGAGUCUGAAACACGAGAGCUCAUAUCAAUCUCUGUCCAACAUGCCAGUGGAGUCUUCAGUGUCUGAGGAGGACGGAUGGGUGACCAACCAUUUCUCCAGGACGCCCCGCAUGUCCACGUACUACCUGGCCUGGGCCGUGUGUAACUUCACCUACAGAGAAGCAGUUACAGAAAAAGGAGUUGUGAUUCGGCUGUACGCCAGGCCUGACGCCAUCCAGAGCGGAUCGGGAGACUACGCUCUGCACAUUACCAAGAGACUCCUGGAGUUUUACCAGGAUUACUUCAAAGUCAAAUAUUCCCUCCCGAAAUUAGAUCUCCUGGCGGUGCCGAAGCAUCCGUAUGCAGCCAUGGAGAACUGGGGCCUGAGUGUGUUUGUGGAGCAGAAGAUCUUGUUGGAUCCUGACGUCUCCUCCUUCUCCUAUCAGAUGGAGCUCACUAUGGUGGUGGUGCAUGAGAUCUGCCAUCAGUGGUUUGGCGAUCUAGUCACACCGGUUUGGUGGGAGGACGUUUGGCUGAAGGAGGGAUUCGCUCAUUACUUCGAGUACAUUGGGACUGAUUUCCUCUUUCCAAAGUGGAACAUGGAGAAGCAGAGGUUUCUGACUGAUGUCCUUCAUGAGGUGAUGUUAUUGGACGGUUUGGCCAGUUCUCAUCCGAUCUCUCAGGAAGUGUUUGAAGCCACAGACAUCGACAGAGUGUUUGACUGGAUCGCAUAUAAGAAGGGAGCCGCUCUGAUCCGGAUGCUGGCGAACGUCAUGGGAAAGACGCUAUUCCAGAGAGGCCUCAAUGAUUACUUGAUGACGCACAUGUAUGGGAACGCGGCGCGAGAUGACUUGUGGGACAAAUUCUCAGAGGCCAUGCAGCGGGAGGGAAAGGAUAUCAACAUCACGCAGGUCAUGGACCGCUGGACCCUGCAGAUGGGUUACCCUGUCGUCACCAUCAGCAAGAACGACAGUCUUGACAAUAGUGUCACCAUCUCCCAGGAGCACUUUGUCUAUGACACGGACGCCAAGAUCCAGAAUCCUGAGCUGUUCAACAAAAGCUUCCAGUGGCAGAUACCGCUGACGUUUGCAGUGGGAAACUCCAGUCACAUAUCAACAGAGACCAUCAUGUGGAUCACCAAUAAAACAGAGAGGCACAGAGUGGGUCACAUGAGCGGCGAAACGUGGUUGCUGGGCAACAUUAAUCAAACGGGAUAUUUCCGAGUGAACUACGACCUCCACAACUGGAGACUUCUCAUUCAACAGCUGAUGAGCAACCCAAAGAUCAUCUCAGUGGGCAACAGGGCCGGUCUGAUCGACGACGUCUUCAACCUGGCGAGAGCGGGGUAUUUGCCCCAAAACGUCCCCUUGCAGAUGAUCUCAUAUUUGUCUCAGGAGAGCGAGUUUCUGCCCUGGCACGCUGCUAGUCGAGCUCUUUACCAGCUGGACAAACUCCUGGACCGCACUGAAGACCACAGCCUGUUCAGCGACUAUGUUCUAAGACAGGUGGAGCCAAAGUAUCACAAGUUGGGCUGGCCAAACGCUUCCCCUGACGCCUCCUUCAUGCAGACGGCUUAUCAGGCCGAAGAGUUGCAGAGAGAGGUGAUCAUGCUGGCCUGCAGUUUUGGAAGCAAACACUGUCACCGCCAAGCUGUGACUCUCAUUUCAGACUGGAUUUCCAGCAACAAGAACAGGAUUCCACCUAACGUACGGGACAUUGUGUACUGCACAGGCGUGUCUCUGAUGGAUGAGGACGUGUGGGAGUUUAUCUGGAUGAAGUUUCACUCCUCUACAGCCAUCUCUGAGAAGAAGGUUCUUCUGGAGGCCUUGACCUGCAGUGACAACAUCUUCUUGCUCAACAGGCUCCUGAAUCUGUCCCUCACCUCUGACCUGGUGCCGGAUCAGGACGUGAUCGAUGUCAUCAUACAUGUUGGCCGCAAUCCGCUGGGAAGACAUUUAGCAUGGAGAUAUUUCCGUGAGAAGUGGGACAUAUUGAAUUCCAGGUAUGGAGAAGCUUUGUUUAUGAACUCCAAAUUAAUCAGCGGCGUGACGGAGUUUCUCAACACUGAGGCCGAGUUGAAUGAGCUGAAAGAGUUCAUCCUGACCAGCGGGGGAGAGUCGGCACCUGCGUUCGCUCGAGCCGUUGAGAUCGUUCAAGCUAAUGUAAAAUGGCACAUCCUGUUCCAGCAGCAGUUUUACCGAUGGCUGCGAAAAGCUCCUGACGGUUAACUCAACAUUAAGCAUGGAGUGCUUAAACUCAUGGCCAGUGACUUGGGGAGAUAUAAGUGAAAUGAAAAUAAAUUUUAAAAAAUGGAAAAACUACUCUGGACUCUGAGAACCGGAAAAAAAAGAGCUUUCAUUUCCCUGUUCUUUUUAAAACGACCUGGCCCUCACAGACCUGGAAGAAAGGAACGUCUGAAAAACUCUGAAGGAAUCAACGCUGGAAAUUGCAUGGAAGCGUCCUUUGGUAUCGAAAGACGAUUCACAAGCCAUUUCCCCCUCGUAUUUUGCAUGAAAGUCAUUUCCUUCUGCCAGUCAUUCGGUUUUCUGAUGUUUGACCUUUUCCGAGUCCUAAGAAUAUCGGAUUUGCUUUGAAGACCUGACGGCGGUACAAAGAGAUUGCUCUUCUGUAUAUAUAAACACAGUUUAGAUUAAGCACAAAGACGUGACAAUCAUCAGUGUUUUGAUUGGAACAGGACGAGGAAGACAAAGAGGAGAAACAUUCAUGUAGCCUUUUUUUCUCUCUAAAGCCAUAAAAGGGGAGUAGACUGAAUUUUAUCUCUGUACAGAUGACAUUUAUUGUUUGAUCAAUUGACUGCACUCUGUGGUCGUCUAAAAAAGGGAAUCUUCAAUCGAGUGUCCGGGUCCCAGUUUAACCCGCUGGUGUCCGGGAUCAUUCGCAUUUUCAUAGUGUUGCUCUUUGCUCUCCUGUUUUUGGAGGGUUUGUCCUUGAAUAUGGUAUGUUUGUUUGAGUGGGAAAAAAAUAAUCAGUGUGUCGAUAUUUUCAUGUAUAAUUCAUUCGAUGCAGUCAAUGCAGUGCUGAGAUGUGUUAUCUUUAUGAGUCGUGAACACGUGGGGUUCUGAAUGGAUGGUUAUCAUGGAGACCAAUUAUAAGGUUUCCAUUGUUUUAUCUUUUUUUUAAUAAUUUCUUUAUUUUUUUAUGAACAUGAAUUGUUAAACAUGGAGCAUUCCUAUUGAAAAUAGUAUCGUGGUUGACCGAUAUGGGGGGUUAUGUAUUUUUGACUUGUUUCUCAUUGAGAAUAUUCCAAAAUAUCCUAUAAGCAAGACAAAUCUACAUUUAAAGCAAAAUUGCAUACUAUAAUGCUUUUCAGAGAAUAUAUCUUGAAACCAAUUUAUGUUUUCUGACUCAAAUUGUUUCCUUUGAUUGUUAAGCAUCUACAUGUGCAAUUUUGUUUUGUUUAGGCCAAUUUAUCUUAUUUUCAUGAUGCCCGAUUACCAGUUUUAUAUCUGUAAUAAAAUGCAGCAAAACAGAUGUAUAGAAAUUCACUGAAAUGACAAGGAUGGUUAUUUUAUACAACAUUUACUCAAAAUAUUAAACCAACAACCAUCAUACUGUGUAUUAACGCACAUUAAUUGGCAAAAUCGACCAGCAACCGCUAAUCUGAAAUUGGUCAGUUAUCAGCCAAUCAGGCGUCGUGGUCGAUAUAUCAGUCCAUCACUAAUGUAUGUGACUCAGGCUUUGGCAAAACUCAGAAUUGAAGAAUCCAGUGUCUUUGCUGAAAUACUAGGCUAUCAGUAAAAUUCCAUUAGUCUGACAUAAGAUAGGCCCAUUAUGUGGAAAAUAUACAUAAUUACAUAAUUCAUUUUGACUAUUCAUAAUAAUUUAGUACUAUCAAAACAGUUAGCUCAGCUAACAUCAAAAACUGAAACAAAUAAUUGUAUGAUACAAUAAUUGUAGUCCAGUUCAUGCAGUGAAUAUAUUUUUCUCUACUAAUAUAAUAUAAUUUUUUUUAUGGGAAAGCCAAACUCAACCAUUUGUUUCUGGGAAUACCUUAUAUACUGUGUGUAUGGAUGGUAAAAUUUACAUUACACAUUUGUUUUAGGUCAUUUAUACUGGAAAAGUUAUUUCUUAGAAACUACAAAGCGCUUACUGUAUGUGAAUGUCAUUCCAUUUUAAUUCUGCAUCCUCUUUGCUACCUCAAUUCCGAUUCAGGAAUUUAAUUGUAAUUCAUAAAGCAUUCUGAAUUCAAUUCUGAAUAGUGCACAACCCUGGUGACUUCAGAGACCAUUAGUAUUUUCUGUCCAGCUGACUGUGUGAAUCUCUCAAGGAAUGAAAAAAACUGGGUAAUAUAGGCCACUUUUUAAACGACUGGCUGGGUAUUUAAUGAAAUCCCCAGACAAGACCCUUUAGUUGGAUACUAUAAAGUUGUAAGUCGCCUGUGUAAUAUCAAAAUAAUCCAACUUACAUUUCCAGCCUUUUUAUUUCCCCCCUUUCAUGUUGUGUUUGACGUAAAGCUCUCUUUUGUUUCUAAAUUAGAGAUAAUAUCCUCUGUGUUUUGAGCAGAGCUGCUUAGAGAUUUUAAUGCUUACAAUAAAUUCUUUUGUACAGUAACGCA